CUAACGGCGGCAAUAAUUGCAGAAAUUCCGUCAUAAAUACAGCGUCACGGAGACAAACAUUCAAUCAUAAAACACUGUAUCAUCGUAAAUAUCAUCACCAACUUUGUUUUCUCCUCACAACAUCGUAAGACGCUCCACAUGACCUACUCCACUCUUCCGUUACCAAAAACAUCGUAGUUCUCGUCGAACACUCAAAAACCUCAAAUCCAAAACCUCUGAAAAUCCCCGAAAACCAUGUCCUCCUUGUUCCUUAUCCUGUUCUUACUCUCCCACUCCCUCUGUGUUUUUGUUACUUCAGCCGGCAAAGUUGACGACUCUCGGACGUUAUUAUGGCCGCUGCCGGCCAAGUUCACCUUCGGGAACAAGACCCUAUCCGUCGACCCGGCGCUGUCGCUGGUUGUUGGCGGGAGUGGCGGCGGCUCCGGCAUUCUGAAGCUGGGUUUUGAUCGGUACAGAGAGAUUAUAUUCGAGAACAGUCAUGAGGUUUUAGCUUUGAAUACACUGAGGGGAAAGAGACAGAGUUUUGAUAUUAAUAAGCUGAGAAUUGUGGUUCAAUCGAGCAACGAAGAUCUGCAACUUGGUGUGGAUGAGAGCUAUACUUUGUUUGUGGCGAAGAAAGAUGGGACAUCGGUUGUUGGGGAGGCGACGAUCGAGGCGAACACUGUGUAUGGAGCUCUGCGGGCUUUGGAGACAUUCAGCCAGUUGUGUACUUUUGAUUACGGGAGUAAAUCUGUACAAGUAUAUAAGGCACCCUGGUACAUAAAGGACAGUCCAAGGUUUCAAUACCGAGGGCUUUUGAUUGAUACAUCAAGGCACUAUUUACCAAUUGAAGUGAUUAAGCAAAUAAUUCAGUCGAUGUCGUAUGCUAAACUUAAUGUUCUUCAUUGGCACGUCAUAGAUAGAGAGGCUUUUCCUCUAGAAGUACCUUCAUAUCCAAAGUUGUGGAACGGAGCAUACACAAAAUGGGAGCGCUACACGGUUGAGGAUGCAAUUGAAAUCGUCAACUUUGCCAAAACAAGAGGCGUCAAUGUUAUGGCAGAAGUAGAUGUCCCUGGUCAUGCAGCGUCUUGGGGCACCGGGUAUCCUGAUCUUUGGCCUUCCCCUUCCUGCAAAGAGCCACUUGAUGUUUCGAAGGAAUUAAGUUUAGAUGUGAUUUCUGGAAUUCUGACAGAUAUGAGAAAGAUUUUUCCCUUCGAGCUGUUCCACUUGGGCGGUGAUGAAGUUGAUACAACUUGUUGGAGCACCACUCGACAUGUGAAGCAAUGGCUUAAAGAGCGGAACAUGACUACUAAAGAUGCAUAUCAGUAUUUCGUUGUCAAGGCCCAAGAAGUAGCAGUUUCAAAAAAUUGGUCCCCAGUAAACUGGGAAGAAACCUUCGAUACCUUCCCAACGAAGCUCAAUCCCAAGACCGUAGUGCAUAACUGGUUGGGCUCAGGAGUUUGUCCGAAGGCUGUUGCCAAAGGUUUCAGAUGUAUUUUUAGCAAUCAGGGUGUUUGGUAUCUUGACCAUCUAGAUGUCCCUUGGAAUGUUACUUACAAUGCUGAACCACUUGAAGGAAUUACGGAUAUUUCUCAGCAGAAGCUUGUCAUUGGAGGAGAAGUAUGCAUGUGGGGUGAGAAAGCCGAUACAUCAGAUGUUCAGCAAACAAUUUGGCCUCGAGCAGCAGCUGCUGCAGAACGCUUGUGGAGCAGGAGGGAGGCAACAUCUGGUGGAAAGAAUAUCGCAACAGCACUGCCUCGGCUACAAUACUUUAGAUGUCUCUUAAAUAGACGUGGAGUUCAAGCCGCUCCGGUGACGAACUUCUAUGCUCGAAGUCCUCCAACUUGGUCUGGAUCAUGCUACGAUCAAUAACACUUCCAACUGUUAUAUUAAGUGAUUUCAUGCGUCGUAAGAUUCCCUUCCACUCUUCUACAAACAAACGAACCGUUACAGAAUUCAGUGUUUCUCUUGUUUGAACAUGCAUUGCCUAUUUAUGGUAGCUAUUGCUGUCAGUUUGAUGAGCCAGAUUUGAACGACUCGUUGUAUUUGGCAACAUUUGAUGUUGUUGAUUUGUUGUAAAUGUAGUUACUAUUCUUAUUGAAAUCAAAUCGAUAUGAUUCGCGUUAGCAUCC